AUGCCGAGGUUGUAUAUUCCUAGGAGCUGUCGCAUUAGCUACAUCCCUGGUCUGCCUUCUGAGACAUCUGAUUUGAUGUCGGAGUACUACCGGGCUUUUGAAGAGGAUCCUUUUAGUGAUGCUUCGACAGAGCUUGAGAGGAUAAAGGAGUUAAAAUUGGCCAGACAGAAGGCCAUGGAUAGGUCGAAGAAAUGCCAUGAGUCGUCUAAAAAGCGAUACGAUUUACGUAAGAAGCCGGGUAGAUUUUCCGUGGGUGACGUGGUCUACAGGCGAUCCUUUGUGUUGUCUGAUGCCAAUAAAAAGAUUCAGGCGAAAUUUUGUCCAUGGGUGAAGAGCAAGGUGUUGUCCGUUCACGGACAAACUUACGAGUUGGAAGACCUGAACACUCAUCGCAAGGCAGUAUUCCACCGUAAGGACAUCAAGCCAGGUUAA